AUGCAUGUGGUGUCCGUCGGAAACCAGCUGGGGACGAAAACAGCAGCCGUUCUGAGCAGGAUGGAUGAGCCCGUGGGGGUCCGGGUGGGCAACUCCUUGGAAGUCCUCGAAGCCUUGCAGUGCCUGGAAGGAGGGGGCCCCGGGGACCUCCGUGAGCUGGUCACCACACUAGGAGGCAUCUUGCUGUGGCAAAUCGGGCGAGUAGGCUCGGUGCCCGCGGGGGCCACCCGGAUCGGCCAAGCCCUGGACAGCGGCGCUGCCCUGCGCACUUUCCAGGCCAUGCUUCAGGCUCAAGGGGUGGCGGCCGAGGUGUCCCGCCUGCUGUGCGAAGGGACGGAGGAGCAGCGUUUGCAAGUGCUGAAAGUGGCCACCACCCAGGAGGAGCUGCAGGCCCCGGAAGAGGGGACCGUGCAGCAGAUCCAGGCUCUGCCCAUCGCACAGGUGCUGCACGCCUUGGGAGCCGGACGCACCCAGGAGGGGCAGAGGAUCAACCCCCGGGUGGGCGCGGAGCUGCUGGUCUCCACGGGGAAGCGAGUGGCCAAAGGAGCUCCCUGGAUCCGAAUCCACUACGAUACCCCCAGGCUGAGCCAGACCCACCGAGAAACCUUACAGAAGGCCCUGAUUCUGGGGGCCGGGGAGCCCUUCACCCCCCCUUCCAAGGUGGUGAAAAUACUCCUUCCUACCGAAGAGUCCGUCUCGGGAACGAGGGGAUCCUAGGGGGAGAGGAAGGGGGUCCCGUGGAAGGAGCAGGCCCUGGGGGCGGCCAGUAGAAGGACAAGGGGAGCAGCCCCCUCCAAGACCAUCCAAGGCUCCGGCCUUCUAUUAAGGCCCUUUUUACAGGAGGACGAGAAAAGAGGGGCAACUUGCCAAAAAUCUUCCAUGGGACACACCCAGUGGCACAGACUGGGGGGAAUCUCUCAUCCUGGAGAAGGUCAACUCAAUUUCAUUGACGUCUGUAUCAGAGCCGUGAUUGACAAGCAAAAUUGGGAGCGGCAAUACUAAAAAUAAAAUAUCUAGAAGUCCCUGAAAACGUCA